UUUUUUUGUUCGUUUGCAAUGGAUAAAAAAAAUGGGAACCAUUGAUUGAAAUCAUUCAGUAUCAGUUCAUUAAAAAAAAAAAAAAAAUAGAAGGCCUUAGAUACUACUGAUCUGAAUAACAUACUUUGAUGGAGUCCCAAUUAUACAAUAAAAAGCUAGUGUCUUAGUAGUGUUCUGCUUUCACCACGAGCCCCCCAUUGCUACAUGAACCCUUUAAUCCUAUAAAUAGUUUGCAAAUAUAGCAAGCUAUUUAUAGCGCAACGUCUCGACAACUGUGGUCACUGGUCCCCCUUUCCCCUUACAGCACAAAACAUGGUCUCUCUGUUCUUAAUUUUCUGUCGGAAAUGUUAAGAAAACUGUCCAGUAAAUGACCAACUCUUGUUAAUAUUUUGAAUACGAGUCUAUAUAUUGAAUAUAGAUAGAUACCAAAUACGCAGGAUAAUCAACUGUCCGAGAACAGCCGAGAAUUCAGCAAAAUGGGGGACUUUCAGCAGUUUGAGCCAGAUUUUUACCAGUCGGGAUAUUACAUCGAUGACCAGGAGCAGCCGGCCUACGUUUAUGAGGACGCUGCCCACCAAGACGUUGAUUAUGAUGUGCCCCCGCCCGGUGUCUUCGCCCCCUCCAUGGGUCUGGGCUCUCCCGAUCCACUCUACACAGGCCAAAUGUUCCAACCUGCAAAGGAUACUGGGACAGCUGCCUAUACAGGGGCAGACACUUUUGAGGAUGAGCCUCCAUUGCUGGAAGAAUUGGGCAUUAACUUCGAUCAUAUCUGGCAGAAGACUCUGACAGUGUUAAACCCCUUGAAACAAGCAGAUGGCAGCAUCAUGCACGAAACAGAUUUGACCGGACCAAUUCUGUUUUGCGUUGCUCUGGGUGCAACACUACUGAUGGCUGGGAAGAUCCAUUUCGGUUAUGUGUACGGUAUCAGUGCCAUGGGCUGCCUGGGCAUGUACACGCUGCUGAACUUGAUGAGCCUGGUGGCCGUGUCUUACGGCUGUGUGGCCAGCGUCCUCGGGUAUUGCCUCCUCCCCAUGGUGGGCCUCUCCACCUUCGCCAUCUUCUUCUCCCUUCAGGGGAUUCUGGGAACUCUCUUUGCCCUCCUGGUUAUUGGCUGGUGCAGCCUGUCGGCAUCCAAGAUCUUCAUCUCCACACUGGCAAUGGAAGGACAGCAGCUCCUGGUGGCGUACCCCUGCGCGCUGCUAUACGGAGUCUUCGCCCUGCUCACCGUCUUCUGAGACUCCCUCCAUUGCCUUCAACUCUGUGGCCUGCAGUUUGCAUCAUAACAUUACAUGACAGGCAUUUAGCAGACGCUCUCAUCCAGAGCCGAUUUACACAACUUGUUACAUCGCAUUUAUAUUGCAUCAAUUUAUACAGCUGGUAUAUACUGAAGCAAUGCAGGUUAAGCACCUUGCUCAAGGGCACAACGGCAGUGCUCUACCCGGGAAUCGACCCUGUGACCUUUACGGUGGAAGACCGGCUCCUUCCCCAUUAUACUACACUGCUGCCGCAGUGACGCUCAUGCUGCCAAUGCUCUGAUCCGGAGUGGCGUACGGAACUGGAAAACAUCAGUGUUCGUCACGACAACACAAAGUGCAAUAUCGCCAAGAUGGGGUGGGAAGGCCCAUUUAAAAUUAACGAUGUUAACUUCACAAACAGAAAUUUGUGUUGUAACAAAAGUGCCACUAGACAGAUGACCUGUCUUUACACAGUUGUCGAAAUGAAAUCAUUGUCAUCAUUCAAACUAUCAUUUACGUGUUUAGGGAUAUGUUGCAUACUUUAUU